UCUCUGGCUUCCUGCUUUCUAAACGUUCCAUUGUGAGGAGCUUCCAUUGUGACGUCUCGGCUUCGGCUCGGCUUUGUCUGUCCAUAUAUGGGCAGCUACGUCACGGAGCUUUCCCGUCGCUCACAUAAAUAGGCUGGUGGAUUUCCCUGCCUGAGCAUUUCGGCUGCAGUGAGGGAACCUGCUGAACGAGAGCGGCAGAAGGCAGGGAAGGGAAGAAGAAGCGAGGCCGGGGAGGGAGGGGGGCAGGGAGGGAUUAAAGACUCCCACCAUCUUCUACAAUCACAUCUGCAAAGCAGAUCGGAUCUCCCUCCUCCUCCUCCUCCCCCUUCAGGAAACACCUUCAGGGAUCCACCAAGGAUUGCGCGCCCCCACCGACCACCUACCCACCCUCCCUCCCUCGUAAAGCGGCUCUCCCCCGUCCGCGCAGCGCCUUCCUCCCUCUCCGUACCCCCACUUCUCGUCGCCGCAACUUUUCUCUCGCAUGAUCUCCUUCGCACGGAUUUGACAUUCGGAUGCCGCCUAGUCGGGAACGGAGCUGGAAGCCACUUUGAACCCGCCGCCGCAACAACAGCCUCCUCUCCUCCUCCUCCUCUAGUGCUAUGACAGGCAAACUCGUGGACAAGCUGCCAGGGACCAUGAACACUUUGAUGAACCAGUUGCCUGACAAUUUGUACCCAGAGGAGAUCCCCAACUCGCUGAACAUCUUCUCCAGCAACGGAGAGGCGUCGGUGGCCCACUAUAAUAGCCAGAUGGCGACAGAUAAUGUUAUGGAUAUUGGCUUAGCAAACGACAAGCCCGGCCAAGACCUGUCGUCCUACUCGGGCUCCUUCCAGCCCGCCCCGGGGGGCAACAAGACGGUGACCUACCUGGGCAAGUUUGCCUUCGACUCCCCAUCCAACUGGUGCCAGGACAACAUCAUCAGCCUGAUGAGCGCUGGCAUCCUGGGAGUGCCGCCGCCGCCGCCGCCUUCGUCCAGUGCGCAGGCCUCGACGGGGAGCAUGGUGCAGGUGCAGAGCCAGGCCGAGGUGGAGGGCAUGUACCCAGCGUUGCCCCCUUACUCUACCUGCAGUGACCUUUACUCGGGCGAGCCGGUGCCCUUCCACGACCCGCAGAGCACAGCCGGCCUCUCCUACUCGGCGCAGGAUUAUCAGGGGGGCAAGCCCGCCGGCGGCCUGGACAGCAACCUCUUCCCCAUGAUCCCGGACUACAGUCUCUACCACGGGCACCCCAACGACAUGGGCAGCCUCCCCGAGCACAAACCUUUCCAAAACCUGGACUCGAUCCGGGUCAACCCGCCCCCCAUCACCCCCCUGGAGACCAUCAAAGCCUUCAAGGACAAGCAGAUCCACCCGGGCUUCGGCAGCCUCCAGCAGCAGCCGCCGCUCACUCUCAAGCCCAUCCGGCCGCGUAAAUACCCCAACCGGCCGAGCAAGACGCCCCUGCACGAGCGGCCGCACGCCUGCCCGGCCGAGGGCUGCGAUCGCCGCUUCUCCCGCUCCGACGAGCUGACGCGGCAUCUGCGCAUCCACACGGGCCACAAGCCCUUCCAGUGCCGCAUCUGUAUGCGCAGCUUCAGCCGCAGCGACCACCUCACCACCCACAUCCGCACGCACACUGGCGAGAAGCCCUUCGCCUGCGAGUUCUGCGGGCGCAAGUUCGCGCGCAGCGACGAGCGCAAGAGGCACGCCAAAAUCCACCUCAAGCAGAAGGAGAAGAAGGCCGACAAGGGCUCCUCCGCGGCCUCCGCGGCCGCCGGCCUAACCGGGCCCGGCGCUUCGCCCGCGGUCGCCUCGCUGGCCCCCGUGGUCACCACCUGCGCGUGACGCUGCUCCCGCCCCGCCGAAUCCCAGUGCCUCUCGAUCGCUGCCUUUUGUUGCGACUUUGCGCAAAACGCGCGCAGCAGCAGCAGCGGCGGCGGAAGCUGCUUGCUUUCCCGGGCUCCCGCUGAAGGGAUGCCUUUGCGCGCACGCCUCUCGCCGCCGCCGCCGCCGCCGGCAAGCCGGUGGUGGGAGGGAGCCUUGAACUUUCCGCUGGAUCGCCUUGAUCCUAAGCGGUUUGGGAAAGGAGGGGAAGCGGGUGCUGAGGAGUUGGCCUGGGAAGAGGGUGCGUGGGGAGGGGCCGCUCAGUCUGGCAUGGGUGAAUGAGAGGGGUAGGGGGAGGCGGCGGCGGAAGCGAACGGACACGGGAAAACUUCCCUGGAUACCACCCCUUCCUCCCAGACACCCUUUCCUCUGAUCUUCCUCCUCGUCUUCUCCCUCGAUGGAGGGGGCACCAAAGCGCUGUGCCUACUGCCCGGGGAGACCAGGUGUGCUCGCGUGUUUGCGUGUGUGUGUGUAUAUGUGUGUGAGCGCGUGUCAGCCUCUGAAGCUGAACUUCUUAGCCAUCCGUGAAGUCCCCACCCUACCUGAAGGGUCUGUGUGCACCUGAAGAGAGAAGCACCCACCAGAGCCUUGCCCCCCUUGUCCCCCUCCCAGUCACAUCGCCCUGGGGCUGGAAGAAAUGGGGUGGCCUCUGCGCCAGCUGAGGGCGAAUCAGUUCCCCGUUGAAAUGCGCUGCUUGCUAGUGGCUACCGCCCCGUCUCUCUCUCUCUCUCUGACUUCGCCUUGCCGGGCGCCUGCCCUCCUUUGAGCCAACUGGAGAGCAGCCCGAGCCAGUGCUGGCUGUUUAACACGGAGAGGUUUGGGCCUCGUUCUCUUUUCUUUCGGACAACUAAGCCCCCCUCCCCCCUCUCGCCCUCCCUCAAAAGUAUAUUCUAACCCCCUCCAAACCGAUCGGAAAGCCAAUGACCCCUCCCCCCUCUCUCGAGACACUCCUCUGGUCAGGUCUCCAGCACCCACCCAUCCCCCGUCCGCCACGGCCCUUCCUUGGCCCCUUCCUCUUCCUCCACCUUGGGAACGAAGGGGCCGCUCUUUCCAAGGAAGUGUCUGGCCCCUCCCGGUCACUCUCAGCUUCCGAGUCCAGGCCGGGUGAUGCCUACAGAGACCCGUCCAAACUUAGUCUGGGUGUUUAUUAUGUAGCUUUAAGAAUUAUUGAGGGUGGGGAAUGAAGGAGAGGAGGGGGGUGACUGGGAAAACUGGCACAGGCGUCCCAAACUUUUAUUUCCUCCAAAGGAGGAGGGGGGGUGGGGAAAUAUGGCUGUAUCGAUCCCUUGGAUUUGAUUUGUCACACCAAACCCACCUCCCAGUCAUCUGCUGUUGGCAGCUCUGAAUGUACUGAGCCCCACAAGAAAAUGGAGUUGGAGGGAACCAGGCUGCCUGCUUUCAGCUCCCCCCCCCCACUUGAAUGUACUGUUGAUGAUUCCUACUUAUUUUCCUCCUGAGGGCAAGAGGCAGAAGAGUUCACAGGGUGUCUCUUUUGAGGGUCUUUUUGGUUUGGUUUUGCACUCCCUUGCCCUUCAAUUCUUCUUUGAAAGCACUGUGUGUGUGUGUGUGUGUGUGUGUGGUCAAUUCAUAUGAACUAUUUAAGUGCUCAUAAGACCCUUAAAAAUGAAUGGGGCAUGGGUUAGCAAUUUCCAGGUUAUUCUAGCUCGCCCUGGGAAUGUCAUUUUGGGAAAGAGGGCUAAUGGGCAUCAUUUUGGAAUGAGUUUUGUUUUGUGUGUUUUUUUUAAGCACAAGGACAAUUAUUUCCAGAAAUGCAGAAAACAGUGUUUUAAUGCGUACUUUUUUAAUAAUGUGAUUUUAUUGUUUUGUUUUGUUUUGAUUUGGGGGUUACAUAAAAGAAACUAAGGGGGGAGAGAAAGCAGUUUGCCUUUUUUCCUUUACUCCUUCUGGUACGUGCAUGUCAUUGCAUGUCUUGCUUUGUUUUUCUUUCCUUUUGUUUUGUUUUAAUAAAACUGCUCAGAUAUUUAAGCAAAACAAUGAUGAUAAUUAUUUAAAAAAAACUGUUGCCAAAAGGUUGUGUUUUAUCCAGGUUUGAUGUCUGCAUGUUUAAAAAAAUUAAAACAAACAAAAACAUUCUCAGAGAGAAAAAAAUGCAGUCUAAUUUAUGUGAACUGAAAGAAACAAAAAUCAGGUUUAACUACAAAAAUCUAAGGGAAUGAUAUUUUUUGAAAGACUUUUGUAUAAAGUUGAGUACUUAGAAAAAAAGACAAAUCAGAUGUAAUAUAUUUUGUGGAUGUUUUUAUUUCUUGGAUUUAUAGUACCUUAUACUAAGGUUAAAAUGCUUGAUAUUGUGAAAAAAGUGAUACUUUUCACACACAUUUCAUUUGCUCAUUUGUCACGUUGUAAUGCAAAUAUGAUAGUUAAUGCAUACAGCAUUUUAAAGGGGAAAAAUCAGAAAUAUUGAACCGAUGUAUUGUUGUACCAUUUGCACUGUGAGCAAAUGCUAAUGCAGUAAAUAUAUUGUGUUUGCCGACAAUCA